UUCCUUCCCUCCUCCUCCCCCCUCCUCCUCUCCACCCUUAUUAAAACAACCUCCAAGUCCCACUUGUUAAAAGACCCCUUAACUUGGAGGAGGCAGAAAAGCAGCAAGCAAGAGAAGGAGGAGGUAGGGAGAACCCAGAGAGCGUCUCAGAAAGAGAGAGAAGGAGGGGAAACAAGCAAGCAAGCGAGCGACGUCUGGAAAAUAUUACCCACCAGCCGCUCCACGCUGCCGCCGUUGAGAUAGAAGCUUCAUUGAGCCCCGACCAAAAAGACUUUUCCUACCGAUGCUGCGCCUCUCUCAAGUUUAUUGCAACUUCUGCGGGCUUCUGCAGAAUCCGCCUGGAGUCCAUCGCCUGGGAGAAGUCCGCCGUUUAAUUGAUCUGAAAGCCAGGUUUUUGUUUUUUAUAUAUAUUUUUAGGCAAGACAGGACAUCUUGAAAAUUAGGGACCCGGGAUCCAGGUGGGGAGAGAGGGCAUCCCCCUUUCCCAUGAUUUGGAGGCAAUCUGAGGCCAGCCCCUCCAGAAAGCCUCCUGCAAGCGUGAGUUGAUCUAUUACCUCAAGCUGGAGAAAGGGCUACCAAUUCCAGAAGCGCACCGUCGGCAUUUUUAGACCCUGGAUGAGUCAAGGGGCAGAACGGCGGCAAGAUGCAUUGCGAAAGGUUUAUAUGUAUCCUGAGAAUACUUGGAACCACACUGUUUGGGGUGUCUCUCCUGCUCGGAAUCUCAGCUGCUUACAUUGUCGGCUACCAGUUUAUCCAAACAGACAACUAUUAUUUUUCAUUUGGACUUUAUGGCGCUAUUCUAGCAUCGCACCUCAUCAUCCAAAGCCUGUUUGCCUUUCUCGAACACAGGAAAAUGAAACGGUCUCUUGAGACGCCAAUCAAGCUGAACAAAACUGUUGCCCUUUGCAUUGCUGCCUACCAAGAGGAUCCCGACUACUUAAGGAAAUGUUUACUUUCCGUGAAAAGGCUCACCUACCCCGGAAUUAAGGUGAUUAUGGUGAUUGAUGGGAAUUCGGAAGAUGACGUUUACAUGAUGGACAUUUUUAGUGAAAUCAUGGGCAGGGAUAAGUCUGCUACUUACAUCUGGAGGAAUAACUUUCACCAGAAAGGCCCAGACGAGACUGAAGACUCCCAUAAAGAGAGCAUGCAGCAUGUCACUCAACUGGUCCUGUCCAACAAAAGUGUUUGCAUCAUGCAGAAAUGGGGCGGAAAAAGAGAAGUAAUGUAUACAGCAUUCAAAGCACUGGGGAGAAGUGUGGAUUAUGUGCAGGUGUGCGAUUCUGAUACAAUGCUAGAUCCAGCAUCAUCAGUAGAAAUGGUGAAAGUUUUAGAAGAAGAUCCAAUGGUUGGAGGUGUCGGGGGAGAUGUACAGAUUUUGAACAAGUACGAUUCGUGGAUCUCCUUUCUGAGCAGCGUUAGAUACUGGAUGGCCUUCAAUAUCGAAAGAGCCUGCCAAUCCUACUUUGGCUGCGUUCAGUGCAUCAGUGGACCUUUGGGGAUGUACAGGAACUCCUUGCUCCACGAAUUUGUGGAAGAUUGGUACAAUCAAGAAUUCAUGGGAUCUCAGUGUAGCUUUGGAGAUGACAGACAUCUCACCAACCGAGUCCUGAGCCUUGGCUAUGCAACCAAAUACACGGCUCGAUCCAAGUGCCUUACAGAAACGCCUAUAGAAUAUCUCAGGUGGUUGAACCAACAGACCCGUUGGAGUAAGUCCUACUUCAGAGAGUGGCUGUACAAUGCAAUGUGGUUCCAUAAGCAUCACUUGUGGAUGACUUAUGAGGCAGUCAUCACUGGGUUCUUCCCAUUUUUUCUCAUUGCCACCGUCAUUCAGCUUUUUUACCGGGGGAAACUGUGGAACAUUCUCCUUUUCUUGUUGACGGUUCAGCUUGUGGGCCUUAUAAAGUCUUCCUUCGCCAGCUGCCUUAGAGGGAACGUUGUCAUGGUGUUUAUGUCCCUUUACUCAGUGUUGUACAUGUCAAGUUUACUUCCAGCCAAGAUGUUUGCAAUCGCCACAAUAAACAAGGCAGGGUGGGGCACGUCGGGCAGAAAAACCAUUGUGGUGAAUUUCAUAGGACUCAUCCCAGUCUCCAUUUGGUUUACAAUCCUCUUAGGUGGUGUUAUUUUCACAAUAUACAAGGAAUCCAAAAAGCCAUUUUCCGAUUCGAAACAGACAGUGCUGAUCAUUGGCACGAUACUUUAUGCGUGCUACUGGGUGAUGCUUUUGACUUUGUACUUAGUUCUCAUCACCAAAUGUGGCAGGCGGAAGAAAGAACAACACUACGACAUGGUGCUUGAUGUAUGAUUUGACCACUGUGUCUUUGUUUGUUUGUUUUUUUGUUUUGCUACCCAAGGAAAGUUUUUUAAGUGACUUUCUAGCAUUUGUGGCACUGAAUUAGAUACCAUCGUGGAAAAGGAUCACUGCUGCUGGGACUUGAACACAAAUCAUUUCAUGACCAAGCCAAAGCAAAAACAAGGGAAAAAAUGUGGUUGUGCCUUUUUGUGGGGUGGGGGAGAACAAAAUUACAUGGAUUCAACCCAUUCCUGUGGGUGGUCUCUGAUGAUGCACUUUCUUCUGUCAUGCGUACGCCCAAAAGUGUUAAUGUCCUAUAUACCUCACUGGUCAUGCUCAUGUGGACGGACAUGGAAGAAAGGGAGUUUUGGAGACUCAAACAAAGAAUUUGUUAGCCCCUUGCAAACUAAUUUAUGAACUGCGUGUUUUCUGUGAUUUUUCUAGGAAGGGUGUGUAUGUCUCUGUGUGUCUGUGUAUGUGAAACGAAAUUCCAAAGUCAAAUUUUUAUGAGGCUUGAUGACCAAGUUGUAUUUUUAUAUAAUUGUAAUUAUUUGUCUUUGUUUACUUCUUAAAUCAGUUUUUUUUUAAAAAAAAAAAUCUCUUAUUUUAUAUUUCUGCCAAAAAGUACACUACAUUCUUCCCCAUCACUCUUACAUUUUCUCUUCUUUUCUAAAUAGGUUUUGAAGAACUCCUACUUUAAAAAGCAAAAACCUGCCCACAAUGUGAAAAUGGAUGCUGAUUUGAUAUUAUUUUUUUCACAAUGGAAAGAAUAAAAUGUCUCUCUGUACUUUUAA